AUGGAUUGGGAGGAGGCAACCAAGCUUAGAUUGUUUCAACUGAAUGAGACGGAUGAAUUUCGAUAUCAAGCAUGUAAGAGUGUGUCCUUGUACAAGGAGAGGAUGAAGCACUAUCAUGAUACGAAGAUCCUCAAGCGGGACUUCCAGAAAGGUGAUGAUGUCCUUCUAUACAACUUAAGGCUGAAUCUUUUCCUGGGAAAAUUGAAAUCCAGAUGGUCCGGGCCUUUUCAAGUGGUAAGUAUUUCACCCAAUAGCGCAAUGGAAUUUAAGUCUGGAUAUGGAACUCGGACCUUUAAGGUGAAUGGCCAGAGGGUGAAGCAUUACCAUUGGUACAUUGAUGGAUACAGGAUCGUUGAUAUGCACCGUUUGAAGCAUGGCUACACUCCUGACUCAGAGUAA